UGACCCAGUCUCGUUACAACUGUGCUCUCAAAACCCACACCUAUUUUAACUGCAUAAUGAUAAUGCUUAUUAAAAUUUAAGCGACGAAUGUUCAGUAAGCUACGGUAGAAGUUAAGUUUGAAAUAUUCAGUGUGGGCUCGGCAUUGGCCAAUAUUACAAAACGUCAGCUGCGCACAAAAUCCUAUUGUUCAGUUUCCACUUUGUUCAGAGAAUCUCGUCGUAAAAAUGGUGGAAUGUUGGAGAAUUAUUACAAUAUUUCUACUGUGGUAUUGUUAUGGUUCUGUAGACGGUGCUUUUCGUCAUUUUGAGUCUUUUAAGACAACUUUAAGCAUAGGUGUAAUACUUCCACCUAAUACAGUAACAGAAGUUGCGUUUGCAUCUACUUUGGCUCGAGCGUCAAUGGAAAGUGAAAAAUACAACUACGCAAUGAAAAUUGUAUAUUCUCCUUAUGGGGACAGUUUCGCUGCUUCAAAGGCGGCCUGUGAACUUUUAGAGGGCGGUGUUAUUGCAAUAUUUGGUCCGACGGAACCCAAUGCAGCCGAUGCAGUGGACGCUCAUUGCCGAACUGUGGGGAUUCCUCAUAUACAAGCGAAUUGGCGACCUCCUCCCUUACGAGGUUUGCAGCGUUCCUCCCCACCCAGUAUCAAUUUAUAUCCUGAAGCUGUGGCACUGUCUCAGGCCGUCGCGAGUUUUGUGAAGGAUAGUGAUUGGGACACAUAUACGUUGCUGUAUGAUGAUGAUGAAGGAUUAAUUCGAUAUCAAGAAGUCCUUAAGAAUGCCGAUCCAGAUAGCAAGUGGCUUGUCAAGCGCCUAAAGCAGGGUGAAGAUAACAGACAGUUACUCAAGUCUCUCAAAGCGAGUGGCUACACAAGAGUAAUCUUAGACUGUGCUGCGGAUCGAGUUCUUGACUAUCUAAGACAGGCACACGAAGUAAAGUUUUUUGAGGACUAUAUGAGUUAUGUUCUGAUGUCGCUUGAUGCUCAUACAUUGGAUCUGCAAGAACUUCGCUAUGGCCUGUCAAACGUUACGUGUUUCAGGAUAUUUGAUCAUUCUGACUCCAGAACCAAGUCUUACCUAGCUGACUGGAAGACUAGAGGUUCAGAUGACGUUAAAAUACCACAAUUGACACAUGAAAUAACGGUGGAAGCGGCUUUGGCAUCGGACGCCGCACGUCUCAUAACGGAUUCCGUGGAAAGUGCGCCCGAUGAAUUUAAAAUAAUACCUGAGGCCAUCAAAUGUGACUCGGAUGUCAAGUGGGAAGCUGGAGAGGAAUUUACUAAUCAUUUAUUGACUAAUCCCAUAACAGGCAUAACAGGAGAAAUUUUACUCGAUAAAAGUACAGGCGAACGUGCUAACUUAAAUGUUGAAAUAAUGGAGUUAUCCAACAGUGGUUUUAACAGCAUCGCAAAAUGGAAUGCAGAAACAGGCUUUGUUUACGUUAGAACUGCUGACGAAGUUUCUGAUCUCUUGGCAGAAAAAUGGCAAAACAAAACUUUUAGAGUGGUUUCACGCAUCGGUGCCCCCUAUCUUGUUGAGAGGACGCCGGAAGAGGGUGAAGUAUUGACUGGAAACGACCGUUAUGAGGGUUACUCUAAGGACUUGAUACACGAAAUAUUGAAAGAGACGCUACAUUUAAAUUACGAGAUAGAAAUUGUUCCGGGGAACCUUUAUGGCUCUUAUCAUAAAGAAACUAAGUCGUGGGAUGGACUUGUGGGACAUUUAUUGGAGAGGAAAGCUGACCUGGCUAUUUGCGAUCUAACAAUAACUUAUGAACGGAGGGCAUUUGUUGAUUUUACAACGCCUUUCAUGACGCUAGGAAUCAGUAUUCUGUACACAAAGGCCCCGCCACCAGAACCGGAGCUGUUUUCAUUUCUAUCGCCUUUUUCUGUCGAUGUUUGGAUCUACAUGGCUGGAGCAUAUUUAAUGGUUUCCUUGCUACUUCAUAUUUUAUCAAGGCUUGCACCAAAUGAUUGGGAGAAUCCGCACCCAUGCGAUAAGUCGCCCGAAGAAUUGGAAAAUAUCUGGCAUAUUAAGAAUUCUUGCUGGCUGACAAUGGGAUCAAUCAUGACCCAAGGAUCUGAUAUAUUACCAAAAGGAUAUUCAACCCGGUGGGUAUGCGGGAUGUGGUGGUUCUUUGCUCUUAUUAUGUGUUCUUCCUACACGGCCAACUUAGCUGCGUUUUUAACUAACGCAGCCAUGGAUGACUCAAUCAAAAGCGCCGAGGACCUAGCCAUGCAGACUAAAAUCAAAUAUGGUACAGUCGAAGGGGGCUCUACCUUUUCAUUUUUUAAGCGAUCAAACGUAUCAACAUUCCAAAGAAUGUGGACGGCGAUGGAGUCAGCUAGACCUUCAGUGUUCGUGAAGAAUAACGACGAGGGAGUCGAAAGGGUCCUGAAUAGUAAAAGGUCGUACGCUUUUUUAAUGGAAUCGACGGCAAUUGAAUAUCGACUCCAGAGAAAAUGCCAGCUAAUGCAAGUUGGCGGUUUACUCGAUUCAAAGGGAUAUGGAAUAGCUAUGCCUUUUCAUUCUUCAUAUCGUACAGCUGUUGACAAUGCCGUUUUAAAACUAGCCGAGAGUGGAAAAUUAGUCGAACUGAAAAACCGUUGGUGGAAAGCGCCACCGGAGGAAGCUUGUGAAACCCAAGAAGCAGCAGAAGAAGGUACUAGUGCAGCAGAACUGGGUGUAGAUAAUGUGGGCGGCGUGUUCGUUGUUCUGGGCAUUGGGUGUGGAAUGGCGGCUGGAAUUGGUGCCUUGGAGUUUCUGUGGCAUGUCAGAGAUGUUGCCAUUGAACAAAAGAUGACACAAUCGGAAGCAUUUUGGGCAGAACUGACGUUCGCAUUGAGUUUCUGGGAAACCGAGAAGCCAGUCCAGCAUUCCCGUCCGUCUUCGACAGCAUCAGGAGAUAUGGCGUCCAGGGCCUCUUCAGUAUUACGAUCUGCUGCCGAUUUGUUUCACAUCGAUGUUUUUAAAUAAUUUACAUCAAAACCUCCUUCGAUCGUAAUAUUUUAUAAAAUAAAUGAAUUUUACAACCAUUACAA